AUGGGGGACGUGCAUAACAGGAGGAGCCCUCCCUUUCCAUCGCCAACAGAGACAGUGCCGCCCGUUGCCGUGUCACAACCUCCACUCCUAGCCCCGCGUUCGCCAAAAUAUUCUCCCCUGGACAAUGAUCACGCAAGUAGAUCGAGAGAUGGAAUCUUCCUCGGAGCUGAUGGCAUAGCGAAGUCGACAAACCGCAAACCUCGUUUUUCGCGGGGUGACUCCACCGAACAGGUUGCCGGCUUAACACCGAUCACAGAGGACACACCACCUACGGACGACCGGCAGGAGGAUCAAGGUCGGAGUUCACAAACCUUGAAGGAGUUACGAAGACAGAUGGAGGAGUUACUGGUUUAUCAACAAAUGCAACAGCAACAAGCCCCAAUACAGGUCCCGGCCGGACAGUCAAAUGAGCCUCCCAGGAAACGACGGUUAUCUACCUCGUCUAUGACGGAUCUUGCCAACACGAUCGCGCACCCUUCAUCAGGCUCGCUUGGCUCCGGAGGGACGAUCAAAGCUCCCUCGCCAACCCACAAUGUCGUCCAAACACCUUGUUACCCAUUCCCCAGAGUACAAGAUUCGACGAAAUCCAGCUCGGAACAAGCAGGACGCGAGGGUCAAUUUCGAUUAAAACUUCCAUCUGAGAAGCUGAAGUCGUCAGAAUCUCAAUCACCAGAAGAGAAACCCACCCCGGUACAGGCCCCGAUGCCAGCAUCAAAAUUUCUGCCCGCUCAAUCAAACGCAAUACCCGAUGAUCCGGACUAUGCGACCCCAAAUUUAUACGAUUUGACGCUGAAAUUGAAUGCGGAUGCGGGGCUGGAAGGAUGGUGGUCGAACCUCAUUGAUAUCCUGCAAACAAAUUAUGGAGCCGAGCGGAUAUCACUUGCAGUUCCGGGUGAUGCGACAGAUCUGGAGAACGUGCCAUGGGGUCAAAAGGCGGUUUUCAAUCAACAUGCAUCAGUAGAUGAUGGCCAGAAAUCAUUCAUGCAUGACUAUGUACCGCCAGACACCCCCGCCGUGCAAACUUACAGCAAUGCGGCGAACCUAUUUGAUGAAGUGCCAUAUUCCUCCGCGACGUCUUCCACUCGACCUCCCUUAUCUUCACGCCACUCCUUUGCUGGGUUUGGUCACGGCAAAAAGCAAUCUUCGGACCUGGACUCGUCCCAACAGCUAUCGAAGUCCAACAGCAUCAAGUUGGACAAGAAGCACACUCGUAUUCCGGGGUUAUCUACUGAUACCAAGCCAUUCUCGAGCAGCCAACGAACUCCCCAAACUCAAACUGAAGUGAAUGAUGUUCCAAGCAACUUGAUUCCUGUGCGAAAUGCAGUGUUCCCUUUGGCAAGACCCCUGGAGGUAGAGUCAGAUCCGCUCAUUAAACGUACCGGUGUAGUCAAGCUUUUUGGCCGAACAAGCCCCGUCAUCCUCACGCGAGAAUAUUCGGAGAGCUCAGCCCCUGUCUUUAGGAACCUGGCACGGAGCCCUCUAGAGACAGUCCAAGUUACACCAGGGAGUGAAACGCCCAAGACGCACGUAACUGCCCCAGUUGUUUCCUCGCAACAGGAACAUGCGACCGGCCUUCUUGCUCUUGGGCCACGGCUAUACGAUGAAUACGAGCAAGCCCCUCAGUCGCCUUGGUCGCAAUCCCCUGCGCCUUCACCGGCUCCACGCACAUAUGCCGAUCAGAAUCCCUUUUUCAGCAGUCAUGCAGUUGACGAGGGUGCAUUUGAGAAAGAUCCACCUCCUCACGACUACUCCAACACACGCCCAUUGGAGGCCAUUGGAGUUGACCACUCAAAGACCGUGAUUCACAUCCCGCUAUUACACGGAGGUCGCUCCGAUCAACCUUCAUCGUCAACUCUGAGAUUCCCGGUCGCGGUCAUCUCGAUGCUGUCCGAAAUUAGACCGUACCCGCCCAACCUCCGCAGAUCUCUUGCAGACAUUAUGCCUCACUUAACAACCUCAUUUUGUCUGGCCCAGCAGUAUAGCCAACUUGAACGUCAAUUGACAACGAAGAUGGAAACUCCUCGCUAUGGCCAUUUGCUAGGACUUGGUGGUACCUUUUCCGAUGCGAGCAGCGAGCUGGAACUUGUUGCAGGAUUAAGUGGCCAUGUCAGCUAUUCCGUUGGAGACGAUGCUUCUGUAUCUACCCGAGCCAGUAUCGCCAGUCCCAGCGACCGCUCAUCGAUAAAAUUCAGCCCUGCUAUUUCAAGCUUCGGAACCCCUGGGUUUGAACUUGGCCACCCGGGAAUGGGGUCAGCAGGUCUCUCCCCGGCAAUCACCGGGCGAGACCUCGCCACGGACAGCUAUUUUACUACUCAACAUCCCAAGCACCCCCGCGAGAAUGGAGCACAGUAUCGGCAACGUCUCCCUAAGUCUAAGAUUAAAACCGCCGAAUCCACCCCAACCUCCCCUGGACGCGUGACCGCAAACGCCCCCAAGGUCGAAGAAGCCACCCCCCAAGAUCCCAGCCCUGCCGUGGUAUAUCAAUCACAAGACAUAAGACCACCGUCGCUUGUGUCCCCUACGCAAGCAUCCUCGCGCCAGGGAUCCACAAACUCAUUCUAUGCUCAGCUACAACGUGAAUUGCCUCGCCCAUUCCCUGACACUAUUGCACAACUGAUGCUCAAUUCAAUCCCUCUUCAUCUCUUCUUGGCCAAGCCCCAGAGUGGUGAAGUGAUAUGGACCAACACCAAAUUCGAUGCUUACCGGAGAAGCAAGCCCCAGGAACAAAAAUUGCGAGACCCUUGGCAGAACAUUCAUAGCAGUGAGCGAGAUCAUGUCUCAAGUGAGUGGGAAAAUGCUUUGCGGACAGGCUCUCAAUUCACAGAAAGAGUACGUGUGAGACGAUUCAACGACGAGAGUGCGUAUCGCUGGUUCAUAUUUCGAGCAAACCCGUUAUUGUCCACGACCGGAGAAGUCCUUUAUUGGAUUGGCUCUUUCCUCGAUAUCCAUGAACAGCAUAUUUCUGAGCUGAAAGCCACCCAGGAGAGGGAAAAGUUUGCCACUGAUGCCAAAUACCGGGCGUUCUCGAACUCGAUCCCUCAGGUGGUGUUUGAGGCUACUGAAAACAGGGGUCUGAUAUUUGUAAACGAGCAAUGGAACUUGUACACUGGGCAACCGCUCGAGGAGGCUCUUGACCUGGGAUUUGCGAAACAUGUUCACCCAGACGAUUUAGAGAAAUGCGGCGGCCUCUCCUCGCCCAUGAAGCAAAGCCAAAGUGGGCCAGUCGAAUCAAGAAAACCUGCAGAUGGAGGAAAUGGCUCAAUUCCCUCAGAAGUACAUGGCGUUUCCUCCGCCUUGGACGAACUUGUGAGGCGUGGUGUUGCCUCUUUGCAAAAAGAUGAAAAUGGCCGUGUGUUCUACUCUACCGAAAUCCGACUUCGUUCCCGAGGAGGAGAUUUCCGAUGGCAUUUGGUUCGCCUGGUUCUCGUUGAGACGAGCAGCUUUGGCAGCGAAGAAGCCUCUUGGUACGGCACUUGUACCGACAUCAACGACCGCAAAAACCUUGAGCGUCAACUCAAUAAGACAAUGGAAUCCAAGACGAAGUUCUUUAGCAACAUGUCGCAUGAGAUCAGAACCCCUCUCAACGGAAUUCUUGGAACUAUUCCAUUCAUCCUUGAUACGCAGCUGGACAGUGACCAAAGGAGAAUGCUGGACACAAUCCAGAACAGCUCCAUCAAUCUCCGCGAGCUGGUGGACAAUAUUCUAGAUGUUUCUCGUGUCGAGGCUGGUAAGAUGACGUUGGUUAGCUCUUGGUUCCAUGUCCGCUCGAUGAUUGAGGAUGUGAUUGAUACCAUCGCUUCUCGAGCCAUCGAUAAGGGCCUCGAAAUCAAUUAUCUGAUGGCUCAAGAUGUACCGUCAAUGGUAAUUGGUGAUCGAUUCCGUAUUCGCCAGGUCCUCAUCAAUCUUGUCGGCAAUGCUGUCAAAUUCACCGCACAGGGCGAAAUUUUCAUCUGCUGUAAUCUGAGUCGCGACGAAUCGCCAAACACCAAAGGCACCGAGACUUUCUUGAAGUUUGAUGUUAUGGAUACUGGCAAAGGGUUCAGCAAGACUGAUGCGGACCGUCUCAUGCAAAGAUUCAGUCAGUUGGGAGAGAACGGAUCGCAGCAAAAUGCUGGAAGUGGACUCGGAUUGUUCCUGUCGAAGCAACUGGUUGAAAUGCAUGGCGGUAGCCUCACGCCCAGCAGUAUGGAGGGCAAGGGAGCCAAGUUCUCUUUCGAUGUCAAGGUUGAUGCUCCCUCGCCUCCAUCGCCAUCCGAGAGACCCAGUCUACUACGCCAAGCCUCGACUGCUUCCAGAAGACCGGUAACGUCCAGAACAACCUCUUACGAUCAAUAUGCGCUAUCUCCGUUGCGAAACUUUGAUCUGAAACUACCAGAUCCUUCCACUCUUUCUCCGGCACUCGAUUCUCCUGCAUCGCGGUCUCAAUCGCCUACUUUCAGCAACCCUGCAGCGGUCUCUGACGCAAAGCGUUUAACGUCGACCUAUUCUGCUCCUCCAACCCCGGAUCUUUCGACUGCUCAGUCACCACCAUUGGGCUUUCCGAAAAUCGACGGGGUGUCAAGCACGGGCCCACAGAAGCAAUCAAGUGCAGAGAAUUCUGCUGGUUCAAUUUAUACCCCUCCCGUCCGGUUGACUCCACCACCGGUCAACACCUCUCAGGAGUCGAUCAAUUCCUCGGCAAAAGAGGCUGCAGUAGUGCAGGAACCCCUCUCGAUUUUUAUCUUGUGUCCCCUCGACAAUACCCGGCGAUCUACAAAACAGCACAUUGAACAAGUCGUACCGCACGAGAUUUCUUUCACGAUAACCACCUUGCCCGACGUGGAUGAGUGGAAGGACAUGAUACAAUCAGGCUCCAAUGCACGGUGUACUCAUCUGGUUCUCAAUCUACCUGCAACCGAUGACAUUUUGGAGGUAAUUCAACAUGUGGCUGAGUCUGAUCCUGCUACUGCCCCUGUAGUUGUGAUCAUUUCAGACUUGUACCAGAAACGCCAGAUUAGUACUCGUGUCAAAGAGCUGGCAACCUUAGGGAAGAAAGUCUUCAUUGUACCGAAACCUGUGAAGCCUUCUGCGUUCUCGACGAUCUUUGACCCCGAGAGCAAGCGCGAGCUGAGUAAGGAUCGAAACCAGGAUAUGGCUCGCGAGAUCAACAACAAUUUCAAGUCCAUGUCCAAGAUGGUCAAGGAGCAGCUGGGAAAUAAAGGGUAUCGCAUCUUACUUGUGGAAGAUGACGAAAUUAAUCGCGACGUCAUGCUUAAAUACCUCGACAAGAUCAAGCUGAUGUCAGAAACUGCGUCCAACGGCCAGGAGGCCAUCGAUAUGGUCUUUUCCAAGGAACCGGGCUACUUCUCUCUCAUCAUUUGUGAUAUUCAAAUGCCCAUCAAGAACGGAUAUGACACAUGUCGAGAAAUCCGUGCUUGGGAGCAAAAGAACCAUUACCCCCAGAUUCCGAUCAUGGCUCUGUCAGCCAAUGCAAUGACAGAACAAAUUGAGAACGCUGCACGUGCAGGCUUCAAUGACUAUGUCACCAAGCCCAUCAAGCACAACGAACUGGGCAAAAUGAUGAUGGGACUUCUCAACAGCCACCAACCUCUUCUCCUCCUUCGAGACCGUCUACAUCCUGGCAACCCGCAAACUAGUAUUCGCCGCUAG